GGCCUUUCAAAAUCUGAACGUGUAGUUCUUUUUUUUCGACUCAGCAUGAUUCUACACGCUGAACGACUAAGUCUUAGCCUCACGAUAUGGAACAGACAGCAGGCGAUCGGAACCUGAAAAGCAAAGACGAAGUCGACGGGACAUCCCCGGAGCUAACGGACGACGAACCAGAACAUCCUUUCAACUGGAAGUCAAGCAAAAAAUGGAUCAUCACCGCGACAACAUGCUUCGUCUGUUUUGCUGUCGGCAUCAACGCAACGGGCAUCGCGAGUGCGCCCACUCCGAUCAACCACCGAUUUGGGAUCUCAGAUGAACGCUUUCCAAACUCAUUCUGGCCCGUGGCAUCGUGGACGGUUGGCGCCGCGGUGGUCCCCAUGAUCGCGCUUCCUCUCAUGGAGGAAUACAGCACGAGGAUCGGCUACCUGCUCUCGUACUCGGUCUUCUUCGUCUUCGUGAUCCCUCAGGCGGUGGCCGAGGACUUCGCGACGCUCGUCGCCUGUCGCUUCUUCGGCGGCGGAGCGGCCGGCAUCCUGCAGAACGGCAUGGACGGCUUGAUCGCGGACAUCUGGCCCGGCGCGGUUCAGCGCAGCUUGCCCGUCACCGUCUACGUCACCGGCCUUCUGGCCGGCGUCAGCUUCGGGCCCGUCUACGGCGGCCUCGUCGUCCGGACCCUCUACUGGCGAUGGAUCUUCUACAUCCAGCUCGUCGUUUACGGCGUUUUACUGGUCCUCGUCUUCUGCGUCAUGCGCGAGACUCGCUGGCCUGUCAUACGGGCGAAGCGGCAAAAGGAAGAGAAUGCUCUUCGCCACGACCGGGGGGCGGACGUCGCGGCGCGACACAUGUCGCCCGCGAAAUUUCUGUACAACACAGUUAUCCUGCCGGCGUACUUGCUCUGCACGGAGCCUGUGGUGUUCUUCUUCACUCUGCUCUCUGCUCUUUCUUAUGGCGUCGUCUUCAUCUGCACGCAGAGCGUGACCCAAGUCUUUGUCAAAAACUACGCCUUUGAAGAGUAUCAGACUGGCCUGGUUCAAAUCUCCGUCGUCAUUGGCGAGAUCCUGGGCUUUUUUGCAUGUCUCGUGCAGAACUACUGGUAUGCGCAGGCGACGAAAGCCAACCCCGUGAUGUCGGAGGCAGAUCUCUCCGAAGUUCGUCUUCGUCUGAGCAUCCCGGCAAGCUUUCUUGGAUUGACCGGUGGCCUUUUCUUCUACGGCUGGACCAGCUUCGCGAGCUUGCCGUGGAUCCUACCGGCAAUUGGUUUAGCUUUUAUUGGAUUCGGCGUCACCGUUGUCAUGCAAGCGAUUAUGAUGUACGUAACAGAUGCAUACGCAAAGUACGCAGCAAGCGCUAGCGCGGCUGUAUGCUUUGGCGAAAACAUGUUUGCUGCUUUUCUUCCUCUCGCAUCGCAGAGCAUGUAUACAAAUCUCGGGUUUCGAUGGGCAAGCUCGGUUCUUGGCUUCAUCGCGCUGGUACUCAGCUUCGCGCCAAUAGUGUUGGUCUGGAAAGGUAAAGACAUACGGGCGCGCAGUCCAUUCAUGAGUAAGGCUACGUAUUAGAAUAAUAGAGUGGCUUGUGCUUAUAAUAACUAUUUGUCCUAACGGUUUUCGCGGCAGUUUACAAAUAUUCUUAUAUCAUCCAUGUUCAUUGUUUUAGAAGUGCGGAUAACUGCUGUUUUGUUGGAUCAUUCCAGACUAAUCUCAUCAACUCCUGGAAUUAUGAUGCUGGCGACACAUAACUGUCACAAAGAAUUUGCUAUGUUUAUUUUCGGUUCUAUGUCCCUUUUGAUAGCACCCAGGUCUAUUCAUCUUCCUUAUCUUCGUUGCGAUAGGCACUUUACCUAACUUAGACAAGCCUGCUUAUGUGAUAUCGGGAUGUAAAUAAAGAUAUAUGAUGUACGAUAUAUACUGGGAGAUGCAAAGCA